GUAGGAGAACUGCAAAAAGUUGUCACAGAACGAUCCAGUCAGGGCGACCAUCAUGUAUGGGAUGAUGCAUGGUCUCAAUCGCUGACGCCUUGGGACGCUCAAGAAGCACAGCCAGGCCUACUGUGGGCUCUCAAUUACCCUGAAAUUGCCAAGCACUUGCCCAAAGGCGGAAAGGCGCUGGUUGCAGGCUGUGGAAGAGGCUAUGAUGCCGAGCAACUCGCAAAGGCUGGCUACUCGCCGUCGAUCGGCGUCGACAUCUCCCCUAUAGCCGUCGCAAAGGCUAAGGAAUGGUUCGCUGCCAAGGGAGACCAGAGCGUGAAAAAGGCGGUGCAAUUUUUCGAGGCGGAUUUUUUCAAGUUAGGCACGUCGGAAGGCAACCUAGCGGUCGGAACGGAUGUCACCGUUGCAUACGACUACACGUUCUUCUGCGCUUUACCGCCAAGCUUCAGGUCGAUGUGGGCUGAUAUCUACUCCAAAGUAAUUAAAGCGGACGGUGUGCUCAUUUGCAUGGUAUAUCCCAUCCACGGAGACCGUCCUGGCGGUCCACCGUACUCAGUCAGCCCGCAGAUGUACAAAGACCUGCUUUCCUCG